AUGGGGAAUGAGGAGAAAUUCUGUCCAAUGGAGGUUUUGGGAGGGCUCAGACCAGAUAAUGACGCCACAUUUGGAGACCAGCCUGCCCACAGCAGAAAGGGAAGACACAGUAGCCACUGUCUGAUGGAAUAUCCUUUGCAUAUGGAUGGGAUAGAAGCAGUAGCUGCUACUCUGCUUGGUUUUACUCUUGGCAAUGUGGUUGGGAUGUAUCUGGCUCAGAACUAUGAUAUUCCUAACAUAGCAAAGAAGCUUGAAGAGUUCAAGAAGGAUGUGGAAGCUAAGAAGAAACCUCCCAGCGACAAGUCCUAACAGAGCAAUGCGACCCAGGUCACCUCGGUGCAUACAUCAAGGAUGCAGUUUACCUUUCAGGCAACAAAGAUCAAGUAGAGGGUUGGCAUGGGAGAUUCCUCCACUUUUAGUCUCCUAGAAAUGGAAUGUCCUUCUUUUGAAAGAGCAGCCGUGAACUUUUCCUGGGACUGAUUUUCAAGGGUUUCAGAAUUUGGAUUUGCAGCUGAUACGUGACUGGAUGAGGUUGUUUGUAUUUUUUGUUAUUGCUUUUCCUAAUAUUUUGUAACCCAUUUUUACCUGAUCCAACUGGAGUCCUGUUAGUCCUGUUACAAUGUGUACCUUACACUUUGUGAUACCCUAGUUCUUAGAAUAUAGCAAAAGAAAUUAAAUGCAUCAAGAAGUAA